AUGGAUCGAACCAGCAUUGGGGCCAAGAGCCUGUUUCCCAAAGGCCCAAGCUUCACCCUCGAGAACUUCUCCAACAAGGAUUUUAUCGUCCGCGACUUUGUCGACAGUUUAGCGGAAAGCGCAGUACCAAUCAAUCGGCGGUCGGGUCCCGCGCAACCGGCCUUUGAUGCGAAGCCGCUCAUUCGAACCUUUGAGAAUGCUCUGAGCCAGCUGGCUAUCCUCGGGGACGAACUUCAAGAAAAGGAAUCAGAGCUUCUAUCACAAGUGCGACGAGCUGAAGUGCAACACGACCAGACCUUGGACACCCUUGGCAGGAAGCUCGACCAGUCCAUGAGCUCCUUUGAGGCUCUAGACGGAACUGUAGCCUCGAGCAAGUCGAACAACUACGAGACAGUAAACAAAGCCGACGGCGAAGGCAACGUCGCCGUUCAGAUUGGUGAAAAGCUAGAGGAUCUGGACCGCAAGCGACGGCGUGCGCAAGACGCCCAGUUCCUCAUCCAGUGCUGGAGCGAAGUCAGCGACACCGGUCUCCUCUCGUCCCUCGAAGACAUUCGGCGGCAAGGCGGUGCUGAGAAUAAGAUCCGCUGCGCCGUCAUUGCCCGCCAACUCAUGCGCAUCUCCCAGCAGCUUGACCCUGCGUCGUGGGGCCAUGCCAACGGUCACCGGAGAAGCUCUGUCGGCAACGGCAACGGCAACGGCAACGGCAACGGCAACGGCAACGGGAAUGGCAAUGGCGGCGGUAAUGGCAACGCAAAUGGGCCAAAAACGCACAACACAAGGGAAGUCCUAGAAAAAUUUUGCGAGUCGCUCGAGCAAGACCUCCUGCAACAGUUCAACAACAGCUACCGCAAACAAAACUUUGACGACAUGAUGGAGUGCGCCAAGGUGUUGUACGACUUUAAUGGCGGAGCGAGCGUCAUUGCGACGUUUGUCAACCAGCACCAAUUUUUCAUUGAUCGCGAUCAAUUGAUGAAUGACGAGGUUAUUGCCGACAAGGACAUAUGGGAGCCCAUUGCGGACCCGGAUGCUACACCUCCUGGCGUCGAGGCCAGCUUGCAAUCACUUAUUGAUGAAGUCAAGAUUGUCAUGCAAGAAGAAUCAUUCAUCAUCAAGCGAGCUUUCCCCUAUUAUGAAACAGUAUUGACAAAAUUCAUUCAGCGUGUUUUCCAGCAGUCCAUUCAGCAGCGCCUAGAAAAGGUUUUGGACAAGGCCGACACUGUGUCGUCCCUUGCCUUUUUACGCUCACUUCACUCCUCCCGCAGCUAUAUCAGCUCCCUGAUCGAAGACCUCAAAACCCAUGGUCUUACCGAGCAUCCGGAGCCAUGCUCUGGUCAGAUCGCACAGAUUCUCGACCAACAAGUGGACGAGCUGUUUGUCCCUUAUCUCGUUGGCAAUCUGUACAUUGAAAGAGAAAAGAAGAGCAUCGAAGAAAUGUACAGUUCGCUAUUGUUCAAGUUUACAAUGUACCAUUCGCGCAAGAAAAAGGCACCGACUGGCUUCAUGGCGUCUCUCGCCCAGCAGGGUACACAGCUGAUGGCAUCAGCCAAGGAUGCUUACUUAGAGCGUCUCGAGUCAUCAGAUUUAACACCUACACAAAAGGCUACCAUGUUACGCGUCGCCGGGAUUGCGGAGAAGGACAAUAAGAAUGAAAUUGAGCUUUCCGAAGACGACGGAACGCUGAGUGUUGCCAACGCCAAGCGCAUGCUCAAGUGGCUUGCCGAGAGUGUGCAACGUACACUGGAGCUGGGAACGGCAGUCGAGACGCCCAAGGAGAUGAGUGUCUUCUUGAACCUGCUGCUCAGCAACAUGGGACAAGUAUACGUCCAAACAGCACUGGAUGCUGCACACAUGCAGGCCACCAUGCUUGAAAACUCCAAGACGGAGCCUGACAUGUCGUACCUGCCGGCCAUCCGCCCUGCCGUCACCAUCUCGGCCAUUAUGGACCGCUUCAUCAGCACGGUGCUCAUCCGUCUCGCCGAGUCCAACACUACCGUACGAAAGAGCAUGGAGGCACAGAAGAAGAUGGCCAUUGACGAGAUUGAGAAGAAGACCAACGCCGUCAUGAAGAUCUCCAUAGACGUCAUUGUCAACUUUGUCGCCAAGACACUCAGCGGCCAGAAAAAGCAGGAUUUUCGCCCCAAGGACGUCGAGCUCGAGUCGCUGCAGACGCCCACCUGCCUGGCCAUCUGCACCUUUCUCGGACGCGCCGAGAAGCACGCGUCGGCCGCUAUUGACGGCCAGAAUGCCGAAAAGUUCUUUAGCGAGCUGGCGACGGAGCUGCACCGGCUGCUGUUUGACCACUUCAAAAAGUUCCAGGUCAACGCCACCGGCGGCUUGAUGGUGACGCAGGACAUUGCCAAGUACGUCUCCAUUGUGCGCGACUGGCCGCUCGCCAAGGACAUCGGCCUUGCGAUUGAGCUGCUCACCGAGAUUGGCUCGCUGUUCAUCGUCGGCGCCGAGGCGCUCCGGGAAAAGUCGCGAGGGCUGGCGCCGGGCCAGAUGACGGCGCGCGGGAAGCUCUCCAAGGCGGACUUUCAGGCGUUUGUACAGCGGCGCGAUGACGCGACGUCGGUGGGCAUCCAGAGUAUGCUAGCUGGUUUAUAA